AAAAAAACGUCACUCCACCAUAUCUCUCUCUCUCUCUCUCUCUCUCUAUCUAAUCUCUCACUUUCUCUCUAUGUAACUUCAACCUUGCUCUGCAAGUACGAGUUGUACAUUGAAGCUAUCCGACAACCUUCCGAAACCGAAAAAACCCUUGUCGACCGAAACAAUGAAAGUGUUUCGUUUCGAUCCGUCUCGCUCCAACUCAUCUCUGGGUCUCAACCUUAACUUGCUCUACUUCUUGUUCGUCCCCACCUAGAAAAUAAUAAUUUUUGCAAAAAACCCCUACUCUUUCCCAUUCCCACAAUUCCCAAUGGAGUCCCCUCCAAUUCUCUCUCUCCUCACCGACGACCUCCUCCUCCGAGUCCUCGACCAACUCGCCGACGACUCGGACCGCAAAUCGUUCCGCUCCGUCUGCAAAUCCUUCCUCCGAGUCGACUCGCUCCACCGCACCACCCUCCGGGUCCUCCGCCCGGAAUUCCUCCCGGCUCUCCUCCGAAAAUACCCAGAAAUCUCAGCCCUCGAUCUCUCAGUCUGUCCCCGGAUCGACGACGGCGCGGUGGCGGUUUUACUGGGUUGUGGCGGGGGCUGGACCCGGAGGCUGAGGAGGCUGGUGCUGAGCCGGGCCGUCGGGUUGAGAUUUUCCGGGUUGGAGAUGAUGGUUCGGGCGUGUCCGGGUUUGGAGGCGGUGGACGUGUCGUUUUGUUGUGGGUUCGGUGAUAGGGAGGCGGCGGCACUGUCAUGUGCGGCGGGGCUGAGGGAUCUGAGGAUGGAUAAAUGUUUGGGUGUGACGGACGUUGGUUUGGCUAAGAUAGCUGUUGGGUGUGAAAAGCUUGAGAGGCUUAGUUUGAAAUGGUGUUUGGAGAUUUCUGAUCUUGGGAUUGAUUUGAUGUCCAAGAAAUGUCCACACUUGAAACAUCUUGACAUUUCAUAUCUAAAGGUGACGAGUGAGUCGCUUCGAUCGAUUGGGACUUUGCAGAAGCUGGAGGUGUUGGUAAUGGUGGGGUGUGGUUUGGUGGAUGAUGAUGGCAUAAGGUUUCUUGGAAAUGGGUGUCCUUCACUUCAGGUUCUGGAUGUAUCAAGGUGUGACAAAGUCAGUUCAUCUGGCUUAGUCUCAGUAGUUAGAGGACAUAGAGAUCUGCGGCAGCUAUAUGCGGGUUUUUGUUUUUUUGAACUUUCCGCGACCCUUCUCCGCUGGUUGAAAGAAUUGAAGAAUCUCAAUACAAUAAGAGUUGACGGGGCUCGAGUUUCAGACUCUAGCUUCCAAAUCAUCAGCACCAAUUGCAAGUUUUUGGUUGAUAUUGGCUUGAGCAAAUGCAAAGGAGUGACGGGCAUGGGCCUAAUGCUGCUAGUGUCUGCCAAUCCAAAUUUGAAGAUCAUCAAUCUGACAUGCUGUGAUUCUAUUACUGAUGUGGCAAUUUCAGCAAUAGCCUAUUCUUGUAGGAAUCUUUUAUGCCUUAAGUUAGAGUCUUGCAAUUUGCUCACGGAGAAGAGUCUUGAAAGCCUUGGAUCGUGUUCCUUGCUACUCAAGGAGCUUGAUCUCACGGAUUGCUCUGGUGUAAAUGAUGCAGGACUCAAUUAUUUGUCCAAAUGUUCAGAGCUUUUAUGCUUGAAAUUAGGACUUUGUACGAACAUAUCAGACAAGGGAUUGUUUUAUUUUGCUUCAAACUGCAAAAAGAUUCAUGAACUUGACCUAUACCGCUGUAUGGGAAUUGGUGACGAUGGAUUAGCUGCUUUAUCAAGUGGGUGCAAGAAGUUGAAGAAGCUAAAUUUGUCUUAUUGCAACAAGGUUACUGACCGAGGACUGCAAUACUUGAGCCAUCUGAAGGAACUCUCGGACUUGGAAUUGCGUGGUAUUGUGAAGAUUACAAGCACGGGUUUGACAGCAGUUGCAGCUGGGUGCAAAAGCCUCUCGGAAUUGGAUCUUAAACAUUGUGAGUACAUCAAUGAUUCGGGAUUCUGGGCUCUUGCCUACUACUCGAGGAAUUUACGACAGAUAAAUCUAAGCUAUUGCACAAUCUCAGACGUCGGGCUGUGCAUGCUGAUGGGAAAUUUGACCCGUCUACAAGAUGCGAAGCUCGUGAACCUCACGAAUGUGUCAGUGAAAGGGCUUGAGCUCGCGCUUCGUGCCUGCUGCGUCCGAAUAAAAAAGGUGAAGUUGCUUACUUCUUUUGGAUUCUUGCUUUCUCCCGAGAUACUUGAGACCCUGAGGGCUAGAGGUUGCAAAAUUAGAUGGGAUUAAGUUCAUGCUUUGAGAUUAUUAUAUGUAAGACAAGUCCAUUAUUAUCAUAAAAAAUGGUAAGAAGAAGAUAAUCCGAUGAAUUAUAAUAACAACAAUAGUUAUGCAUCAGGCGAUGGAGGAUUGAUUUCACAAAUUGUAGAAGAUGGUUUGUAUAUGAUUGAAAAUAUGGUGAGAAACUGGAAUAAGGUCUGGUUGAAUCGGCAAAAAAGCAUUUAGAAAACUUGUGCAUUUUGUGGGAGUUUACAUAAUUUUUAUAUGAAAGGAAAAAAGUGGAAUUCAUAUGGGAUAA